AACAAUCUUUGAGGUUAUUUUAUGUGCACUGUUGAUUAUUGUGUAAAAAUAAAAACUGUUUAUUUCUUGCGAUAAACCUUAGCUAUUUCUAAGGCUUAUGAUAAAACGAAAUCAUAAUGAAAGUAUCAAUUGGAGACGUAGUUCUGCCGGGAGAUCACUGUGAAGAAAUAGCCGCAGUUGGCGAGAAAAGUAAAGUUAUACUCGGGCCUGGAUUACGAAAGGAAAUCGACGGUAUUUUCGUUACAAAAGCUGGAACUUUAAGAAAACGGCCACCUAACACAUACUGGGUGGACAACUACCAAAAGCGCUACAUUCCAGCACGAGGGGAAAAUGUCAUAGGAAUCGUGAUUCAAAAGGCAGGAGAUAUUUUUCGAGUUGAUGUUGGAGCUAGUUGCACGGCGUCUCUGUCCUACCUGUCCUUUGAAGGAGCUACGAAGAAGAACAGGCCUAAAGUGCUGCUGGGUGACGUCGUCUACGCUAAAAUGCUUGUAGCAAGUAAAGACAUGGAACCUGAGAUAGUUUGCGUCGAUUCUCACGGGAAGAAGGGCCGAUUGGGCGUACUAGAAGACGGCUUCGUAUUUAAAUGCUCAUUAAACUUAAUCAGGAAGAUAUUAAAUCCUGAAUGUCCAUUAUUAGACUCUUUGAAGAAUGAGUGGCCUUUUGAGUUAGCAGCAGGCAUGAAUGGCAGGAUAUGGAUAAAGGCUAAUACUAUGAGAGAAACUAUUGCACUUGGAAAUGCAAUCUUAGGCUCAGAAUAUUUGAGUAAUGAUGAGAUCAAAAGCAUGUGCACAAACAUUGCUGGUAUAUUGGCUGGACAUAUUUCAUAACAUUUAUAAAGUUAAAAUAAAUACAUAUUUUAAGUUAAGAACAUG